CUGCAGCAGACUGACAAUAUAAACAAAGGAAAAGACGCCGGUACAGGAUAGAAACAGAUAUGUGUCGAUUAAUCAUUAUUCUGCUGCUGCUCGUGAUUCUGAUUGUGGGGUACUGGUGGUGGCGACCCACCGCCGGUGGCUCCAACUCAGAGGUUCUUCCCGUGCUCCUGUGGCACGGAAUGGGCGACACCUGCUGCCUGCCCUUUAGCCUGGGUGCCUUCAUGAAGCUUAUUGUGGCCCACACGAACGGAACCUACGUGCGCUCCGUGGAAAUCGGCGGAAACAUGGUAAUGGACUGGGAGAGCGGCUUCUUCAUCCAUCCCAACGAGCAGGUUGACUACGUAUGCAAGCAGCUGCUGGCAGACGAGAAGAUGGCCAAAGGUUACAACGCCAUUGGCUUUUCGCAAGGUGGGCAGUUCCUACGAGCGGUGGCCCAGAGGUGUCCCCAGCCCCCGAUGCGGACUCUGAUCACCUUCGGAGGCCAGCACCAGGGCGUCUUUGGGCUGCCCUCCUGCCCCACACUGUCCGUUGAGGCCUGCGACUACAUAUCCCGGCUCCUAACUACCGCAGCCUACACAACGGCGGUGCAGGAGCAACUUGUUCAGGCCACCUACUGGCACGAUCCGCUGAUGGAGAACAACUACCGCCGGGGAAGCACUUUUUUGGCAGACAUCAACAACGAGCUGUACCUGAACGUCUUCUACACCGAGAACUUGAACAAGCUGAAGAAAUUUGUAAUGGUCAAGUUUCUCAACGACACUGUUGUCCAGCCAAAGGACUCGCAAUGGUUCGAGUUCUACACCUCUGGACAGGAUAAAGUUAUCCAGCCCCUGAAGGACAGUAAAGUCUAUGAAAACUUGGGAUUAAAGCAAAUGCAAAGGGAUGGUAAACUGGUGUUUCUGGGCGUCGAGGGCGACCACUUGUCCAUAUCCCAGACAUGGUUCAUUCAAAACAUAGUGCCUCUCCUACUCGAACAUUGAAUCGAAGCAGGAAAUAUUCAUUAACAAUAAUGAAAGUAAUUAACUACAAAGGAUAUUUAUGGAAAGGUGCUGUCAAUAAACGACGGAUGACUCCAACUAGGAGACUCCUAGAACAUUUUUAAA